AUGAAUUUUGGAGGUUUAAUGAACGGCGGCGCUGCGUCAAGCGCUUCGCAGCAGUCGUCCCAGCAGUCGCAGCUCAUGAUGGCAAAGGUCGAAAUGGCCUCUUACGCGGAUCUGUUCGAGCGCCUGUCACGCGUGUGCUUCCACAAGUGCAAGUUCAAGUACAACGACGGCCAGCUCAACGUGGGCGAGAUGAGCUGCAUCGACCGCUGUGCGGGCAAGUACAUGGAAGCCUACAGCUCAUUGGGCGUCAAGAUGGCGCAGGUGGAGAAGGACAUCAUGGACCAGGCUGGAGCUGGUGUUCAGCAAUAG